GCAUCCCCGCAACCUUCUCCGCCUCGUCAGCACCAGGCCCCUCUGGCUAUGGAUCUUACUCAGCUUAUCGUCCAGUUUCAGAGGAUGAAAGCACCAACUUUCGCGGGGACUGAGAACCCCACAGCGGUGCUGGAGUGGAUCAAAGAGCUGGAUAAGAUCUUCAUUGUGCUUCCCCUCCCUGACCGUCAGCGAGUGUCCCUAGUAGCUUAUCAGAUGAAGGAGGACGCCUCUGACUGGUGGAUUGACCACUGGGCCUGGAGGCCAGAGGCGGAGCUUCAUGCUCUCACUUGGGAGCAAAUGAAAGUGAUGGUGUGCAGCAAGUUCCUUCCCCAGAGAUUUUGGGAUAGGAUGGACCAUGAGUUCUACCACUUGCACUCCACAGUGGACGAGUAUAUCCGUACCUUCACCCGGAUGUGCCUUUUCGCGGGCGACUCAGUGAAUACCGAUGCCAAGAAGGCCCACAAGUUUCUUAAGGGGCUCAAUCAAAGGAUCCGUGAACUGGUGGGGAGUCACGAACUGAUGUCUUUCACAGAUACUGUCAGUCGAGCUCAGGAGGUAGAGAGUUGUCUCAUCCCGAUAGCUCCGGUCCCUUCAUAUUAUCAUGCUUCCCUGCCUUCUCAGACCGUUGUUCAGCAUGCUCAACCCAUCUCAUUUGUGCCGCCCGACUCUAGUUCGGAAAGAGGAAGGCAAAUUCCCACCAGGAUAGCUGGAAGGGUAAGUGAGGAGGUCCCGAACGGUGCAAUCAUCCCUCCUCUGGCAACCGAACCUGCAAGAAAU